AAGCGUGUGUCAUUCAUUAUUUUAUGUGAUAAAUUUUUAGACAUUGACAUUUAAGUUGAAAACCAAAGAAUAAAUUUCUUAUCCAAAAUUUAUAAAUUUCUAUAAAUACAUUUUAAAAUAACUUUAAUCAUACUGUUUGGAAAUUAAGUUGUGAUAUGAGUUCUAAGUAAACCCACUAUUAACUAACUUUGGAUUUGUACAGCAAUAAUAAUGAUCGUAACUACCGAUAUGACUGCUAAGGAGAUAAUUAACGACUUUAAGGAGAACUAUGGAAAAGUAAGAAAAUUACUAGAUGAGGACAGUAAAAAUGACCCGGAAAACGAACCUUACACGUCCAAAUAUAAAGCUAAAGAAAUAUUAAUAAAAAUGCGCGAUGCAUUGGCUAACACGUUUAGUACCGAAUCUAAUCUCGAUCCCUUAAAAGGCGAUGCAAUGUUAGGCAUUGUCCUACUCAAUAUUGGUAUCAUCGAUAUGGAGACCGAAGAGUUAACUGCCAGUGAGAAAGUACUUACUGAAGCUGAAGAACUGUUGCUUCCCAACUCUUCAAAACCUGAAAUUGUUACGACUCUUAUAAACAUUGACAACAAUCUUGGUAUCCUGUGGUCGAAUAGGGAUGAACCAGAAAAGGCUAAAUCAUACCUACUGAAGUCAAAAGAAUUUUAUGAAACAUUUAAGUGUUCAAUGCAAAUGCCUUUACCAAUUGAAAAUAUAAUACACAAUACUGCUGAUAGUGUCACUGGUGAUAUCAUGGUAUUAGAGAAGGCUUAUACACUUACUCUCUAUUACCUUGCUCAGGUUUAUGGUUCAUUAAAAGAAGAUCUUAAAUCUGCAGUUUAUUGUCAUGUCACAUUACGAAGGCAAUUACAAUACAAUGAUUAUGAGCCAGUGGACUGGUCACUGAAUUCUGCAACACUAUCACAGUUUUUUGCUGAGAGAAAUGGUUUCUUUCAAUCUAGGCAUCACUUAGCUGCGGCUUCUACUAUUUUAGACCAGUAUGAAGCUAAAUUGUCAGAAGACAGUACUAAUGAUGAAGUGAUGCUGGCUAAAAAGGAACAAUUGAAGCAUCGGUCAGCUGAUGUUGCACGAUGUUGGGCUAAAUAUUGUAUCCUCUUGAUGACAGCUUCUAAGACAAGGCUGAUGAAUGAUGCAGAGACAAUGUCUGAGGCUGUCACAGAUAUGUCAAACCUUCAACUAGAGGACAAUGAGAAUAUUUGUGGUGGAGAUAUAAAAAACCUUAUCUUCCCUGACCUAGAUGUGACUAAGUAUGAAAACAAAAUUGGCGAUAAAUUUAUUCUCACAUAUCAGGAUGCAAGAGAAGUAUUUUUAAGCUGUCAGAGUUGGUUAAAUAAGGCCAAGGAAUAUUAUAAAUUGGAUUCAUUGGCGUCAGAUUAUAUUGAGUUGAUUCAAGACAGUUCACAGUCAUAUGCCUACCUUGCUUUCUUUGAGGAGGAUGAUGAACGAAGGUCGAAAAUGCACAAACGACGAAUCGACAUGUUGGAAGACUUAAUAAAAGAAAUAAAUCCAACAUACUAUUUACAGUGUUGCCGACAGUUAUGGUAUGAGCUUGGUGAAGUGUACUCUGAAAUUUUAAACAUAAAAUUGGACAAGCUGAAUAAAACAAACGAAAAACCAACACCGCAUCUAUUGAAGAAAAUAAACAUGCUUUGCGAAAAAAGUAUAGAGAAUUAUGAUCAAUUUUUGAAUUCUGUCAAAGAUAAGAACGGGAUGAUGCCAGUCAAGUUAGAUCUUGAUGUUAUUAGGCCUGUGAUAAGUGCAUAUGCGUUUAUUGGUCGGAAUAGUAUGAAGAGGAUUGCAUUAGAUAAACGUACGCAGUUGAUUCAUGUCAAGAAGAGUUUUGAUUCGUACCAAGCCGUUGUAGACAUUUGUACGAGAGAUAAAGAUGCAGCGAAGAUGAUGCAUGUGGAAUUUAGUUUGUGUCAAGAGAUGGUUAGCAUUUUGCCAAUAAAAAUUAAAAGGCUAGAAACGGAACUCGCUGCUUGAUUUUGCAUUAAUCUCUGUUAUGCUUAACAUUAUUGACAAAUAGAUUGUGGUACGAUUUUUUUUUUUUGAUAUAAAAUAAUAGUGUCCAUUUGUAUUUAUGUUGAAUUUGAUUUAAAAAUGUGUUGUUACAGUGCAAAUAUGUAGAUAUUGUAUUGAAUCUCUGUACUAUACAUGACUAGAGUAUGCUAAACAUAUGUUUUCUCAUAAAUAAUACUUUCAAUGUCUCUUACAAAAACACUACACAUAGCUUUCUUCAUUUACGGCUGUGGCAUGCAUAUGCAUGCAAAAUAUUGUGACCGCUUCUUUUUCAUACUCAUUUCUGCUAAUAACAUAAUAUAUUAAAUGUUAUACUA